UAACUCAAUUGUCCUUACCAGUUUAGAAAUUUUCUAAAACAGCCGGCAUUCGAGCCCAUCUUGCAUCACUUUCAUUGGUUAACAAAAUGCGUUGCAUUUUAAAAUGUGUCAGGUGUGAGCACUCCUUUGAAAUGUGAUAUUCUAAACAAAAAUUAUGCUUUGUAUAACAAAUUAACUGAAAACGUCGUUCGCUCAACAGCUCUGUUUUCAGAUGAUUGAGUUUGUGAAUCACUUUUUCUCUUAAUUGGGAGACAGAGAACAAUUUUCUAACGGCGCAAGGAAGAAUAAUAUCUGGAACAUUUACAGAUGGAAAAACUAACACAACAAGAAAUCGAAGAAUAUGUUGAGGCUUUUAAAUGCUUUGACUUGAACGAAAAUGGUCACUUAUCUACAAAGGAACUCAAAUGCGCUAUGCGCAUGCUCGGAUUGAAUCCGACUGCCCUGGAAGUACAGGAACUCGUCAAUGGAUUGGACUACGAAGAAUUAGAAGACAUGAAAAUGAAGAAAAAAAAUGAAACAGGAACCGGUGAAUUAUGGAAGAAUAACGACUUUCCGAUAUAUGAAGGCACUGUUGAUUUUAAAGAGUUCGUCAACGUGAUGGAGAAUUACAGAAGUCUGCGGCAAGACGAUGAAGCCGCCAUGUAUUUUAAAGUAUUCGAUUCUGAGCACCGAGGCUAUAUUGAAGGGAAAGCUAUCAAGCGAUCCUUGCAGUUUUUGGAUGAUGUACCCAACAGCGAGAUUGAGGAAAUCGUGACGAAGAUGAAUCUUACGGAUGAUAAAAAAAUCACUAUCGAAGAGUUUGCAGCCAACUUCCUUACACCGCUUAUCUUGAAAGACUCGGAGGAAAUGCUCUGAUGCGCCUUGGUCGAAGGAAAAGAACAUCUAAAUGUUAUUGAGCGUUAAAAUAACUAAGGUUGAAUUCAGGGUCCUUCCAGCAUUUGAUAGAUCAUGAUUGCUAGUUAAGGCUGCUUUGUAUCUUACUAUCAUUAACCUAACAAAUGCUAUUUGGAUUCCGCGCAGGCGUGGCAUGGCUCGUUCCCAGGGAGUCUCAUUCUCCCGCCCUUCCUCUCGCUGCGAUAGAGCGGGAAGAUAAGAGAACCUGGGAACGAAGUUGGGACUGGCUAAAAUGGUGUCUCUUCACAGGAUAUAGUGAGCAAGGAAAACAUUGCAAAAGAUGUAAUUUCACUUGUUUUGAGGGUUGGCAAAGAAAACCAUGUUUUUUAGCUUUUAUCUCUUUUAAACAGCAAAGGCAGCAGGCAUUAUACUCUCAUAAAAUACUUCAGUUAUUUGCUAACACUAUAAAUAAAACACUCGCCCGCGACCGUUCCUUUCUAAAUUUCUCUCGUUUUCUCAAAUUCAUGUCAUGUUUAAUGAUGAUAUCAUUUGCAUAUGGUUUUUGACCUGGGUAUAGGUAAAGCUUGCAUGCCAGCCAAGUGGCCCAUCAGGCCGGAGCUUAUCCCGGUUUCUGUAGCAUGAAUUGACUAGGAGUAUUUUUGCUCC